GAGACAAUUUGGUGUGUGCACGACGUCAUCACUCCGCGUCAGACACAGCUGAUUCCGCAGCUCUGGGAUGUCCUAGUUGUCCGGCGUCCACGACUCGUGACAUGUGAUCAUAAUAUUAAGAAUUUAUCAAAUCUUCAAAAUUAUACAUUAUUUGUUUAUCCUAAGGGAAUAUGCUGCGUGUUUUGCGUUCGCCAUGGUUUGCUGCUGGGGUGUCCCUGGCCAUUGGAACAGGGGUCGGCGCUUCUCUCCAUAGUUUGCAGAAGGACACUACAGCCAGCUCCACUGACCGACUCCUAGAUCACGAUCUGCACUCUUUACUGUCUCGAGUCCCCGUUAUCCCUCUACCGAGUGUUGAGGCGGCCACCGAGCUGACGGUGUACCGGGGGGGUCCUGUUGGCUCAAAGCCCGGCGCUGUGAUGAAGUACGGCUUCCCCUCGUUGGCCAACAUCAAGAGCAGAGAGUCCUACAUCACGUCAUACGACCCCCGCACCCGCACGGCCUCUUGGGUAAUAGAACAGCUCACACCGGGCAGCUUGACCGGCACGUCAGACAGGAAGUACUCUGACUUCAAAGAAGAUGAUAGUGUCCACGUUUACCAUCGAUCGACCAACCAGGACUACAAGGGGAGCGGCUUCGAUAGAGGUCACCUGGCAGCAGCAGCCAAUCACAAAUGGAGUCAGAAGGCCAUGGAUGACACCUUCAUUCUGAGUAAUGUUUCUCCACAGUGUCCUCAUCUCAACCGGAAGGCCUGGAACAACUUGGAGCAGCUGUGUCGCUCUUUGACCAAACAAUACCUCAAUGUCUACGUCUGCACUGGACCCCUCUACCUGCCCAGAGCUGAGGCUGAUGGGAAGCUCUACGUUCGCUACCAAGUGUUGGGUCGAAACCACGUUGCCGUGCCAACGCAUUUCUUUAAGGUGCUCAUUCUGGAGCGGGCUGGGGGCCAGGGUGUGGAGCUCAGGUCCUACGUCCUGCCCAACAACCCAGUGGAGGACAACGUUCCUCUGGAGAGCUUCCUGGUUCCCAUAGAAACCAUCGAGAGGGCCUCCGGACUGCUGUUUGUUCCGAACAUCAUGAAGAUGACCGGCAGCCUCCAGGCCAUCUCUGACAGAUAACGUCUCUUGAGUCAGAACAGUAGUGGAAGGGGUGAACGAGCAGGAACCUGGUCCUCCGUAUGUUACGUUGAAUACACACAUUUUAGUGAAAUCAAGAUGCGUUUUAGCAGAAUCCGUCAUGUACGUGCUAAACAUGUACAUUUUUAACCGAUAUUAUAUACACGUGUGUUUUACGUGUGUGACUUGUUCUCAAUUAUAGUGUCAAUAAAGUGGUAUUUAUCAAAUGUGAUGUUUAUUUGAAAUACAAGGCAGAAAAAGCUUCAAAGAGGUUAGGAGGGUCUAAAGGAGGGACCAGGAUAAGCCACCAGAAUAAUCUAGAAAAUGUUCUCCAUUAAAAUACAGGGUGCAUAAGUAUAGACACCCCUAUGUUAAUUCCCAUAGAGGCAGGCAGUUUUUAUUUUUAAAAGCCAGUUAGGAUCCAGGAUACUAUAAAUCCUGAUGAAGUCACCUAGGCCUUUUGAAUUAAAAUAGCCCCACCUCACCACAUACCCUGCAUACCAUACCUAGAGAUUGGCAUGGUUCUUUUCAGUUAGCCUAAUAGAUGUUAGUUAGCCUAAUGAUUUCUCAAUGCAAAUCAAACCAGCUAAUAUGG